UACUACAGUUCUCGCGCGCCCUGGGCCCCCAAGGAUUCUGGGGACGUGACGAGGAUAUGGAAUCCUGUGCCUUAUUUCUUGGAAGUGGCGUGGCGGCUUGAGCAUAGUCCAUUUGAGCAGCUGAAGUCUGAGAGUGUUUGUGAAACAUGAAUUUCUAGAAUCUCAAGACCACUGGAAUGGACUAAACCUGGCUAAACAAACGUAUUCGCGAUGGAUGAAGACUCAGAUGAAGAUUGUGAUCUCAUCCAGCCUAGCUUGAUUCAACAGAUCAAGAAAAUUCUGGACCAGUACCCAGAUGAUGGGCAAAUUCUCAAGGAACUUAUUCAGAAUGCAGAAGAUGCUGAAGCAAGAGAAGUGAAGGUCUUGUAUGAUGAACACUCCUAUGGGACUCACAGUCUCUUUAAACCAGAGCUGGCAAAAUUUCAGGGCCCUGCCUUGUAUGCAUACAAUAACGCCAUGUUUAAACGAGAUGACUGGAAUGGCCUCCGUAUGCUAUGCGAUAGCAUCAAAGUCAAGGACCCCAUGAAAGUCGGCCGCUUUGGGUUGGGCUUUAAGUCCGUCUUUCACAUGACAGAUCUGCCAAGUGUGAUAAGCAGCGAUCGCCUUCGUAUGAUUGAUCCACAAGAGACGUUCGUCAGCACCCCAGAGAGAAGGCGAACUGGAAGAGGGUGGCACCUGAAGAAGGACGCUGCGUCAAUACGCAGAACUCCUGACCAGUUUGCUCCUUACAAGGGAAUUUUCAACUGUUCCCAGGAAGCUUUCGCUAAUGGAGAAUACGACGGAACACUGUUUCGCUUCCCUUUAAGGCAAGAAGCAUCAAAAGUGUCGGAUAACGUUUAUUCUUGCAAGAAGAUCCAGGGUCUGUACGAGUGUUUCAAGGCCGAGGCGCACCUGACACUCCUGUUCAUGAAGAGCCUGGAGAGCAUCGAGCUGUAUGAGCGAGGAGUUGACGACAAGGAGCCCAAGAAGUGUUUCCAGGUGAAGAUAUCAGACUCAUGCCUCGAGCAUGUGAGAGAAGGGAGGCUCAACUUCGCCGAUCGUGUGCGCCAGAUUAGGGCCUUAGGUGGAAACGGAAGCGCAGUGUCAGAAACCUAUUUCAUGACGGUAGAAGCAACUUCUUAUCCCUUAUCCGGCAUACCUUCAACACAACAACACCUUUUCGUUGUGACGCAAUACUACAGCGGUAAUGAGGCAUCAUCUGAGCUGAGGGAACUUAUUAAUGAAGAGUCCCUUAGUUACAUGCCGUGGGUAGGGGUGGCUGCCCCCCUUGAUCUAGCAAGCAGCAGUUCAUGGCUGGCUGCCGUAGACGCCCAGCAGCCAAAAGGGCAUAUCUUCUGCUUCCUGCCGCUGCCUCUAGAGCAGAAGAGUCUGACAGGUCUACCAGUCCAUGUGAACGGAUUCUUCGCCCUGAGCCAGAACCGCCGCCACCUAAAGUGGCCAAGUGCCGACCAGCAACAGACGGACCAGCGCAUCACAGACAAGAGCCUUCUGUGGAAUCGUUGUCUGCUUAAAGAAGUACUUCCUGCAGCCUAUGCCACGUUACUGCUAAAAAUGCCACGGAAGAAUGAUGCCUGGCUACUUACCGCUGCUUACUGCGCAUGGCCAGAUGAACAGAAAGUAGAUGUUAAGUGGAAGGUUAUACUAGAGCCAUUGUUUGAAAGGUUUCUUAUCCAUAAAGUCGCCUUCAGUGAAGUUAACGGUGGUAAGUGGUUGGGAUUCGAUAGCGUUAUAUUGGACAAGUUGGAUGCCACUUACGCUCCCGUUAUCACUGCCUUGCUGGAUGCUGGACAGAACAUCGCAAGACUUCCCCGUCGCGUUCACCAAGCACUAGACAGGUACUAUACCUAUUGCAAGGUCAAGGUGAUCACGCCCAAAUUCGUGCGGGACACUCUGCGCAGUUACCCCCAGUGCUACAAAGGAUUGAAACGCAAGGACAGCAUUGUACUACUACGUUACAUACUUCAAGACUCCAACUUUGAAGAUCUAGCAGGUCUGGCCUUGCUUCCCCUUGCUAACAACACGUUUGAAGUGUUCCAAAGAAAUGGUUUUGGGUUUCAGAAGAAGGUUUACAUGCCGUCCGAUCAACAUCCUGGUUCUCUGCUGCGAGGAUUGAAGAGUAUACUCCUAGACACGUCGAUAGAAGCGUCUGUUGUUGCGAGGUUACAUGAGGUCACACGGUCAGGCAAAACUCAGCUGCGAUCUUUGGACGCUGAGGCUGUCGCCACACACCUUAAGUAUGCGCUGCCUUCUGAUUGGUUCAACAACACUUCCGUGCUGUGGUAUCCUGAACGCUUUGACCACCCUUCUGUUGAAUGGUUCAAACAGCUUUGGCGAUAUUUUGUGGAUCACUUCCCAUUUCAUCUUAAUCGUUUCGGUGGUCUCCCCCUCAUCCCUGUCACCCCUCUGACAUCAUCUCCAGUUAAGAUGGCUCCCAUGAACACAACGCCUGUAACGCUUGCCCUAUCCUACAAGGGUGAUUCAUUGCCUACAAAAGUCAAAGAAGUUUUGACUGAGUGUGGAAUAACAGUGGUUGAGGAACUUCCACAAUGCAUCGAAACUCACCCGGGCGUCGUCCCUCAGUUUGUGAGACGCCCAGACUCCCAAGGUGUAGUAGAAGCACUAGUCCAGGUGUUGCGAAGCUUUCCGCAAGCAUUCCCCCGCAAUCUCAGUCUUGAGCAUGUAAGACACUUAAAGGCUUUUCUUUCCGGCGCUAAACUUUCAGAGCCUCAAAAACAGGUGCUAAGAAAACUCCCUGUUUUCGAAACUGUUGGAGGUGUGAAAGGAAUGGCGAAGCAUGUAUCAAUAGAAAAUGUUCCAGUAGGCUUGGAAUCGAGUGAUUUGCCCCCUGUACCCCUGGAUAGGGAAGUCAUCAACCUCCAAGACCUAAUUAGCCGUAACCUAGGUCAGUUGCUUGGAGUCGUGGUACUUCAACCCAUGGACCUCGUCCAAGACCUGCUUUACAAGAUCUCAAGAAGCGAGAUGGAGGAGUCUCAAGUCGAUGCCCUCAUGGACUAUGUCCUCAGCCGUCUGCAACAAUACAACAAGAAGAAUAAUCUGAAAACCGUCCUGAUGAACAUAACAUUCGUGCCUGUCAAAGGCUGUCGACGUGCCAUGCCGAAAGACCUGUUUGACCCGAGCAAGCAGUCUCUCAAGCACAUUUUUUACGGUGAAAAGGGCAGGUUUCCUCUCGAGGGGACUUACACUGAACGUUACCUUUAUGAAAUGCGGGGGCUUGGUCUGAAGGGAGAGGAGCAAAUCACAGCCGACGAUAUCCUGCAGAGCGUCAAAGUGGUCUCCAGUAUCAGCGAGGCACCGCAAGCCAAUAAGAAAGCAAGUACUAUCCUCGAAUUCCUUUCCACUCGUGAGAACCUCCUGUGGCAUCUUUGCUCGCCGGGUGUCACUCUGAUGCAGCUCUUGAUGAACAUUUCCUGGGUACCUGUACUUAAGGACAAACCAGAAGCUUAUCCAAGCUGUCUCCCGCUAAAGGCUUCGGGUCUCCUUGAAAAGCCCAUGAAUGUAAAGACACAGAAGUUUGCCUUCCUUAUUGGAUCGACUAAACCACUCAUUGCAUUUUCGAGAUUAGAUGCAAAAUUGACAGAUGCAUUUGGCUGGAAUACAAAUCCCAAAGUUCAAGAAGUUCUGGAGCACUUGAAGAACGUCGUCGCAUGCUACGACGUCGGGGAGAAGGCAGCAGUUAUUUCUGUUGUGAAGAAAAUCUACGAUUUUCUUUCGGGAACCAGUAAUGUUGAGGUUGUUAAUGGGUUGAAGCUGCUUGGGAUGUCCAGCUGGGUGUGGAAUGGGGAAGGAUUCUGCGCACCUGAAGAUAUCGUGGCCGAGAAGCCAUCACUUGACUUGUCACCUUAUUUAUGCACCUUACCCUCAGAGACACAAGGGCACAGGCAGCUGUUCCUUGGCCAUGGAAUGAUAGUAAAAUGUGGCGACGAAGUUCUUCUGAAGGUGCUUGCCAAGAUCAGAGAUAAGCACGAGGCACAGACGCACCCCCAUGCCAACGACACAAGACGAGACCUGCAAAUGUCCAUUGACAUUUUGAAUGAGCUCAAGCCCAACGCAGGCUCACAUCUGAGUGAAGAGUUCCGGCAACAGCUACUAAUCCCAUUAGAUAACGAUGAUAGUAAUGAGUUGCAGUUUGCGCCUGUGGAUGACUGUACCUACUGUGACGUGGAGUGGCUGAAGCAUGGCAACGAGGCAUCCGAUGUCGAUGACGAGUUAAACAUCAAGUUCAUUCAUCGAAAUAUCUCCCCUCAAACCGCGGAGGAUCUGCAAGUGCCAACCCUGAUGAGUCGAAUGCUGGAUGCGGAGGAGCUUGAAUUUGGGGAGAGCUUUGGCCAGUACGAGCCUCUCACUCGCCGGCUGCAGAGACUGCUUGAGGAGUACACCGACGGCUUCUCCGUCCCAAAGGAACUUAUUCAGAACGCCGAUGACGCAGGUGCAACCGAAGUGAGGUUCCUGUACGAUGAACGAGCGAACGAGGACGCUAUGACUUGUCUUAUUAGCGAAGGAAUGAAGGAAUGCCAGGGUCCUGCUCUCUGGGUUUACAACAAUGCAGUCUUUACUGAUGCAGAUUUUCAGAAUAUCACCAAGUUGAACGGCGCCACCAAAGAAGAGGAUUCUGGGAAGAUUGGAAGAUUCGGACUUGGUUUCAAUGCUGUUUAUAACAUAACCGACGUACCAAGUCUGUUGAGCAGAAACAACCUGGUCAUAUUUGAUCCACAUACAACUCAUCUCGGUAGAGCUAUACGCGAUAAGAGCCGACCAGGAAUCAAGAUAGACGUGACGAGGAGUCGACAGAAACGAAACAAGUUAGCUAACCAGCUGAAGCCGUACAAUGACAUCUUCGGGUGCAACCUUAGACCUGACUCCGAUCAUGUGUCUUUCAAUGGGACUUUGUUUCGAUUUCCGCUGCGUACCAAGGAGCAAGCUAGACGAAGUGAAAUCAAGAAUCUGCAGUAUGACCACGGGGAAGUUGUUAAGCUGCUGCAGAUGUUUGUCAGUGGAGCGGAGUCCUUGCUGCUUUUCACCCAGAAUGUCUGCAAGGUCAGUGUCUACCAUCUGCCUAAAUGUAGCUAUGAUGCUUCUGAGCCUGUCGAAUUGAUGACAGUUCUCAAAUCAGGAGUCAAGUUUAUCCGGGAGCUAGACGCCAACGUCUCGUUAUCAGAACCUGCAAAAGAAUUACCAACCAAAGACCAGAAGCUCAUCAAGCAGUGCAACAUUCUAAAAGCUGCCACUGAAGCAUUGAAGCACAGCGAAGAUCGGCAGGUCCAGUCCUCGGUGCUUUUAAGGACAAGUUGCACUGUUUCAGAAAGUGGUCGCCAGCUGUUUGAUAGUAACCCCUCUCACGUCACCCAUUGGCUUGUUACAUCUACUUUGGUAGGAGAUACUGCGUGGCAGCUAGCGAAACGAAACGGGAAGCUUCUACCAGUUGCAGGUGCAGCAGCAAAGCUGAAGCAGAUGCCUGAUGGCGGAUUUGUACCCGAACCAUUCACGCCGCGUUCUAUUCAGCCUGUGAGUGUUGGACACGUGUAUUGUUUCCUCCCGCUGCCCAUCCAGAGCGGACUUCCGGUUCACAUAAAUGGCAGCUUUGCGACUGACUCAAGCAGACGGCAUCUUCGAGAGAUGACCGAGGAUGACAAGCGAGAUUUCGGAUCUGAGUGGAACAACGUUCUCAUGAAAGAGGCGGUUUGCCACGCGUACUUGACACUUCUCGAAGACGUGAAGACUGUCCUUCCCCAAGAGGAGUCUGCCUAUCCGUUCCACUGCCUCUGGCCUUGUCCUGGGACUGCAGCCUCCUGCCUUAUCAUACAGCAUCAGUUCUACAAGUCACUAUGCUCUCCUAAUGACCCUCCAACAUUGUUCUCUGACAACGCCAGUUGGUGUGGCUUACCUGAAGUAGUCUUUCUUCACCCAGAGUUCCGCCACGAUUGUAAAAUUGGCGAAGAUGCAUUCCAAGUCUUCUCAAUUCUUCAAAAAGGCAAGGGUGUUGUGGUGGAUGUUCCCGGAGAUGUCUUUAACUCAUUUGUUGAAAGUGGAUGCAAAAGAGAGAUACUAAAAAGAUGCUUCAACAUGUACCGAGCCUACAAAGAGGUCUUUCUUCCUGCAAUCGAGUCGCCUCAUAUCUCUGACGAGCUAAAAGAUAAACUGAUCCUGUAUGCACUUACAAACAACGAGCACGGAAGCGAGGAGGUGAAAUGUCUGAUAAGAUUCACCAAGUGCAUCCCGACAACUCCAGACGGCAAUACCAGAAAAUGUCCCUCGGAUCUUAUCCAUCCGGAGCGUGAGGCAUCAAAGCUAUUCGGCGAAGAAGAUGGAAGAUUUCCGACUAGGACAUACAGAGAGCAUUCAACUCUUCGAGCGUUGGUACAGCUGGGAAUGCGCAGAGAUGAUCUCAGAUGGGACGAGAUUAUUGACCGAGCACAAAGUGUGCAGACCCUGAACGAGAGGUGUACCCCGAAGGCUUAUCCUGAAGCACUCUCCCGUGCCAAGGCUGUUCUUAAGUUUAUUGGCGACAAAUUGGCAAACAACAACAAUCUUCCCAGCGAAAGCGAGAUUAAGGAAUUACAGCAAGUUCAGUUUCUACCAUACCUUCCAAAACCAGAAAACACGCCAUUCAAGUGGAAAGCUGAUGAAAUCCGUCCACACACAUUCCUGGCAGCUAGUUCUCUUUACUCAGGGCAAGAUGAAAAACUGAUAUCUACGACUGCACCAAUACUCGAUGACACAAACGAGGGUUGUGGUCGCUUCACAAGUGCAUUGGUCAAGCUAUUAGGUAUCAGAAAGAGUGUGACAAUGGAUCAGGUGAAAAGCCAGUUGCAAACGGUCAUGAAGGUGAAGUUGAGCUGUCUGGACAAUGACAGACUCGAUGAUGUGCGCAAGGUAUGUGCUGCCAUCUACGCGUACCUAGAGAGGAGCCUCGAGGGUGGCGAAACAGAUUUGAAGCAGUAUCUGCAAUCUAUGGAGUUCAUUCUCCAGGACCAACGUUUUUUGAAGAUAGACCAGGUGGCCUUUAGAUGCCCUCCAGGGCUGGCACCGUACCUUCAUAACCUUCAGAAGGAGUACGUCAAGAGGUUCUACUCGCUUUUCAAGGGGCUGGGGAUACGGGAUGAAUUUGGGGUUGAUGACUACAUUCGCACUCUGAGCCUGAUGAAUACGAAGUUUGCCAAUGCUGCGCUAGACCCAGAUUCCCUUCGAGCAGCAGUUGAGAUUGCCCAGCUACUAGGCAAACUUGAUGGAAUUGAUAAACGCCAAGCGAUUUACCUCCCUGAUUCCAAGUCCGUACUUAGAGUCGCCAAAGAGCUGUCAGUCAAGGAUUGUCCUUGGAUGCCGAACGAGCCUGGGAUAAACUAUGCCAACGAGAAAAUUCCUUUUUCGACCUGUUUUGAGCUCGGAGUCAAUACACGGAGAGAAGAUUUUCUUCGAAGACGCUCUCACGGGAUUCCUUUUGGACAGAAAGAGAAGCUGACCACUCGGCUGAAGAGGAUCUUAGAAGGUUAUCCUUGUGAUGGUGCGAUUCUGAAAGAGCUGCUUCAAAACGCAGACGACGCUAAAGCUUCAAAAAUCUGCUUUAUCAAGGACCUUCGUCGCCAUCCAAGCGAGAGAAUUUUUGAACGUUCAUGGAAACCCCUUCAGGGUCCAGCACUUUGCGUUUAUAACGACAGCCCUUUCACAACACCAGACAUCGAAGGUAUCCAACGUCUCGGAGAAGGUAGCAAGGGCGAUGAUCCAAACAAGACCGGCCAGUAUGGGGUAGGCUUCAACGCUGUCUACCACAUGACAGACUGUCCGUCAUUUGUCUCCAAGGGGCAAGAAGCAGGCGAGAUCAUGUGUGUGUUCGAUCCGAACUUGACGUUCAUGCCUGGGGCCACUGAUGAUGCCCCUGGAAUGCAGUACAAGGAGCUGGAUCAUCUUAGGGAUGUCUUCAGUGAUGUUUUCCCUUGUUAUCUAGGCGAACACUUUCCCGUAGAGAAUGCCACAAUGUUCCGAUUCCCUUUGCGUGAUGUUCACAUGGCUUCCAGUUCUAAGAUAAGCAACAAGCCAUUUGAUAUCGAACAACUCAACAAACUGGUGCGGACGUUCAAGGCAGAAAUGUUCCACUCCUUGCUAUUCGUCAACAACGUUAGGGAAAUCUCUCUUUGCGAAAUAAGUGAAGUUUCUGGACAGCCAUUCGACGAGUACAAAGUCACGGCGACCUUGUCACCUGAAGACGAAAAAAGUCUAGAAGAAUUUGCAGGCUACGUUAAAGAAACUUCUAGAAUUCUCCGCAAGGGAAGUGUUUCUUUGGAGGACGUUGAAAAGAGAGAAGUCUCCUACGUGGUAAGCCUUGAAGAUAACCAAGGCAAGAAACAGAGAUGGCUCGUUGUUCAGCGAUGUGGAUUUGAACGUGAUGCCGAGGUGCCGUCUUGUGUUAACUCUGCUGUGAAGAAACAGGAACUCGGUCUGUUACCACGAGGAGGGGUCGCUACCUUGCUGGACUCCCCUUCGGCUGCUGACAAGAAAGCAUUCUGCUUCCUUCCAUUACCUUUCACAACUGGCCUUCCUGUCCACGUUAAUGGCCAUUUUGCCCUUGAUCACGAGGCAAGACGCAACCUAUGGCGCUCAGAAAGUGAAGGAGAUCACCGGGGCGCGUGGAAUACAAUGCUUCUUAAGUCCGUGGUGGCGCCGUGUUAUGUGACCCUCUUGAGUGAGAUGAGGCAACACCUAGGAAUCCAAGACACUGACGCUGUUAUUGGAAGGAGAAAAGCGCUCCAACAAACAGGGCAGUACUUGCGUCUGUUCCCGAAUCUACACAAUAACGAACCAUAUUGGGACGAACUAGCGAAGGAAGUGUACCGCUACAUUGGAAACAAGGAACUCCCCCUCCUGCCUGUCCAUCGCCCAGUGGAAGAUGAGUCUGCGAGUGAAAAGAAGGAACAGGAUGAACAAGCUUCACGUGUGAAGAUCGAGUGGUUUGCCCCAAAAGAAGAGGGUGGUCGUAAGCUGUUUUUCAAUGAUUUAAGUACCGUGACAGCCGAACAGUUCAAGAAAGAUGAUGCCUCCACAAAGCAACCUGCAAAAAGUGUUAGCUUUACCAGUCAUCGUACCUCGUUGUAUUCCGAUCGGGAAGCUGUUCUUUUAACCGACACGCUUCUGCGCAGCGGCCUGAACCUAGCCGAGGCUCCACUUAACCUUUUCAACAACUUCAAAAAAUCAGAUGUAGAUGUAGCAUGCGUUAAUCCAGAAGACGUCCUCUCCUUUUACCACACAGGCAGCAACAUCGAGUGCCUUCCCCAAUGUCUAGAAGACACUGGGAUAAAGAACGUGGAAAACCUGUUACUUGUGUUGGCGUACUGCAAACAUUCCGAUAAGUUUCUUAAAAGUCUUCACGGGCUGCCCUUGUUGCUAACACAAGAUGGAAUGCUCAAAAUGUUUGACCGGGAAAACCCGGUCUUUCUAACGACACACCACACCCUUACCCCAAGAAAUGCCUCACUGUUUGUGCACCGUAACCUCUUCAACAGUGUCUUUUAUGAGGCCCUGUCUAAAUCAAAUGUCUUCAAGCGGUUCGAUAUUGCCGCUUUUGCAAAGCUACUACCUAACAACCUCGAACGGAAGUACAAUGUUAGCGAUGAUUUUAUCGAAUGGGAUCCUAUUUCAGACAAAGGGAAUGACCUGCCCUCGAGGGGAUGGCUGUUCGGCGUCUGGAAGCUCAUAACAAGUGAGAUGAAAGAUGCGAUAAAGAACUGUGUCAAGAAGAACCAAAAGGAGAUAACAUUGGAGCACACAUUGAGACUGGUUCAAAACGUAGUAGCUCCUCUUCAAAAUUGGUGCUUAUUACCUGUCGAAGAGACCGAGUGCUCGUCGCUGGCUUCAAGUGGAACACGUCAUCGGCAACUGUUGGCACCUUUUUCUAUGUCAGAACUUGUUGUGUCGCUUCCAUCUCAAGUUGUGCAUUUCCGUUUCGAUUCUAUUUGUGGCGUACUACGAAAGCUGGCACUUCCAGAGAUCAACACGCGGGUUAUAGUAUCACCCAGCAACACAAGCACCACAUUUGAUCACAAUGCUGACUCCCUGGCUCGCCUGCUUGUCGCCAAUGUUGACAAUCCAAGACUGAUCCUCUCAGCGCUUUCCCACAAGCUAAAUAAAGUCGAACUCCCUUCAACCAUCACCCCGAACGAUUGCAAAGAUGUGCUCACAUACUUCAACGGCAACGUGAAAUCACUUUCGCCUGACGACUCUUACAGUUUGAAGACACUACCAUUUCACGAAACAGUGAAUGGCGAACACACCAGUAUCGCUGAAAUGAAAGGAUAUGUUCUACCAUCUGAAAUACCCAAGGCUGGAUUAAACAUCUGGGAAAGAAGUGGGCUAGUGUUUUUGAAAGAGGACCAAAGCCUUGAGGCUUUGUAUCAAUUCCUGGAUUGCCUGUGCGAGAAUUCCGUGGAUAUAUAUUGUGAAGUUAUUUUGCCUCGUUUCCAAGAUAUGACACAGCAAGCUCACAUUGACCAUUUGCAAUUUCUGAACGGAAAACUUGGUACACUUCAGCUGCAGCAGGGCGGCACGCCAGACAAAAAUAGACUCAUUUCUUCAUUGAGCAGCCUUAAGUUUCUCCCUGGCGUUGUACAUGGCCAGCUGAAGCCCGCCUCUUCCUUCUACGAUCCACGCAACGCUGUUUUCGAAAUUAUGCUUGAAAGCAAGGCAGGGUCAUUUCCUCCAACGCCGUUUAACUCUGACUAUUGGCUAUCAUUCUUGUGUAAGAUCGGGCUUAUCCACAUCGUUAGCAACCAGAAAUUCGUAGAAUUUGCUGAAGAAGUGGCAAAUGAAGCCAAAUGUUCUAGAACCGAUGCCACCUUCGAGAAGUCGCUGACUCUUAUCGAGCAUCUUUUCAACCGAGAAGACAUAACUAGCCCCUUGUUAGCAGAUAUCAAGAACACAAAGUUCGUCCCUCCCCACAAGGUCAGCGAGGCUCUGUCUCGGCUCUGCCCUCCAUUUGGAAGCAACGUGAAUAGUGAGCUCUCGUACAUCCCCUUCAAUGGGUCAGUCCUACCCAACCACGAGACAAUCUCAUGGACGAGUGCGAAUAUUCUACCCCGGCAAGCAUGUCCGCCUUGGCCCUUAUGGGGCAUUGGACAAAUGCUUGGAAUCUACAAAAAGCCACCUGUGGAAGUAGUCGUUGCACACUGUUUGACGAUUUCCAAACGUUUUGCCAAGACGCUCAACGAGGAUACGAAGAAUCUGACGGAACCUUGCAAGAUAAAGGAUGUUAUGGAAGAUCUUUAUGAUUUUCUAUCGACUUGCGCUGACGAUGUUUCAGUAGAUCGCCUAAAAAACGCACAGUGCAUUCUCGUCGCGAACGGAAGGCGCGUCGUUCUUCCACGCCAGAUUGUUGUCCAAUCCUCCAUAGAGAUCCCUCCGUAUCUGUACAAGAUCCCGCUCGAGCUCGGUAAGUUCCACGAACUGUUCAAGCGGCUCGGUGCCACUGGCACUGUAACAGUGCAGCAGUAUGUAUCAGUGCUUGACAUGAUCCAUAAAAAGUGUGGCAACAAAUGCAUGGAUCCUAAUGAGAUGAGAAGCUCUCUAAUGGCAACCAAAGGGAUAUUUGAUCUGCUUUCACAGAGCAAACGAACCCCUGAUAAAAUGGAGCAUCUGUUCUUACCAGGUGCGAGAAAAAGUGAAAAAGACCGGGUGUAUUUAGUCCCCUCCCACCAGCUUAUUUGUGAUGAUGCGCCGCACUUUCGCGAUAGAAUCGACGGAUUUGAAGAGGUUUUGUUGAUUAGGCUAAAAGACUGCUGGCUGGAAAACGCCAGUGAUGACACGCUUGUCUGUAAGCUACCAGAGAAGGUCCGUCCUCAAAUGAUGACUCAGGUAGUGGAAGAGAGGCUACUUAAUAAUGAUAGUAAAGAAUGUGAUGACGACGACCAAUCAAAUGUGGCAGCAAGACAACUCAGACAGGUUAUCAAUUCGGAUGAAUUCUGCCUAGGAUUCGCCCGCCUCGUCAAGCACGAAGACUACGAGAACAAAAAAGAAACAAGGCCAGAUAUUCUGAGCGACAUCAAGAGUAAGCUUGCUAGUCUUCGAGUUGUCAGUGGUCCAGAACUGCGCACACAGCUUUUCUACAAAGAGCAUGCAAUUCCUGGUAGUGAGUCCAAAGUUGAUUGCUUCGAUGAACACAGCAAUACCGAUAACAUCGUGACACUCUACGUCAACACAGACAUUCAAUCAAUUCAGCCAAAGAUUGCUGAGGUCGUCAAUAGAAUUGCUGGUAAGGUUCUUACAAAUCUGGUGUACCUAGCACCACUUCUUAGCAUGCCUCCUUGGGGAAUUAGCUUGUACCUGGACAAGAAUAAGAUCCGUGAGGACAACAGUGUGGAGACGUCGCAUCUGCCCGAGCCUGGUUCCUAUGUUCACCUGGAUCAUCAUUUUCUCCUGGAUAACUCCUUUGAUCACUUCCACGCAGGCGAGUAUGUGGGCUACGAGAUGGACGACCCAAGCCUGCGGGAUGAGGAUGGUCCUCCUACUUACAUCUACGCGAUCGUGGUGGAGGAAAUCCCAGGAGAGGAGAGCACUGCGCUCUUUCUAACUCGGAAGUACAAGAUCAACAUCGGUGACGACCGGGAGGUAAUCGCAGAUGGAAUUGAUCUGUAUAAGUUCAGACGACCACCAGACGCACAACGUGAUGGCACUGGCAUGGAACUUGUCAAACGCGCUAGUGAGAGUGAAGUACCUCCUCCCAAGCACACUGGGGUUCUUAAGGAUGCCCUUGACGAAGUGACAAGAGUUCUCGAAGAGGCAUGGAAACUGCCCUUGGAAACACGCAGGAAGAUCAUCAAACGACUCUUCCUCAAGUGGCACCCAGACAAGAACCCGGACGAUGUUGAGUUCUGCACUAAGGUGUUUCAGCACCUUCAGAAUGAGAUUCAAAGGCUGGAGAUCGGAAAAGCCAGUGUCUUUCACUCUUCUGGCUUCUCUGAUUUCCAUGGCUUUUCUCAGAGGUGGGGUAGACGAGCCCGCAGUUACGGACAAAGCUGGAGUAGCUAUGGAACUAGUCGCGGGUAUAGCGGGGGAUGGUCUAGUUACCGUUCCUCUUAUGUGCCGAGGAGCUCUGGGCGCAGGAACCCUCAGCCCACAGAAUCGCGACGAUGGUUUCGCCAAGCUGAGGCGGAUCUCGCGGCGGUUGCGAAUGAUCUGGGUGUUCUGAACAUGUACUACGAAUGGGGAUGCUUCAAGUCUCAUCAGGCUGCUGAAAAGGCACUAAAGGCUGCCCAGUUCUCAUUGGACGCGACCAACGUUCGCAUACACGACCUACACAUGAUCGCCAGCUGUUUAGACGAUUCCACACUCAGCAGCCUCGCCGUGCAGCUUGAAGGCCUGGUUGGUAACUCUAUGCGCAUGCGCUACCCAGACUGCAUGGUUUCUCCCAGAAUCCCUCACGAUGUGUACACAAGAAAGCAAAGUCAAGAGGCGUAUUGUCUGGCCAAAGAGAUCUUGAAUCGAGUCAGGGAGAGAUUUUUCAUAAGCAACAAGCCAUUUGAUAUCGAUCAACUCAACAAACUGGUGCAGACGUUCAAGGCAGAAAUGUUACACUCCUUGCUAUUUGUCAACAACGUUAGGGAAAUCUCUCUCUGCGAAAUAAGUGAAGUUUCUGGACAGCCAUUCGACGAGUACAAAGUCACGGCGACCUUGUCACCUGAAGACGAAAAAAGGCUAGAAGAAUUUGCAGGCUACGUUAAAGAAACUUCUAGAAUUCUCCGCAAGGGAAGUGUUUCUUUGGAGGACGUUGAAAAGAGAAAAGUCUCCUACGUGGUAAGCCUUGAAGAUAACCAAGGCAAGAAAGAGAGAUUUCUCGUUGUUCAGCGAUGUGGAUUUGAACGUGAUGCCGAGGUGCCGUUUUGUGUUAACUCUGCUGUGAAGAAACAGGAACUCGGUCUGUUACCACGAGGAGGGGUUGCUACCUUGCUGGACUCCCCUUCGGCUGCUGACAAGAAAGCAUUCUGCUUCCUUCCAUUACCUUUCACAACUGGCCUUCCUGUCCACGUUAAUGGCCAUUUUGCCCUUGAUCACGAGGCAAGACGCAACCUAUGGCGCUCAGAAAGUGAAGGAGAUCACCGGGGCGCGUGGAAUACAAUGCUUCUCAAGUCCGUGGUGGCGCCGUGUUAUGUGACCCUCUUGAGUGAGAUGAGGCAACACCUAGGAAUCCAAGACACUGACGCUGUUAUUGGAAGGAAUGAAGCGCUCCAGCAAACGAAACAGUACUUGCAAUUGUUCCCGAAUCUACACAAUAGGGAACAAUAUUGGGACGAACUAGCGAAGGAAGUGUACCGCUACAUUAGAAACAAGGAAGUCCCCCUCCUGCCUGUCCAUCGCCCAGUGGAAGAUGAGUCUGCUAGUGAAAAGAAGGAAAAGGAUGAACAAGCUUCACGUGUGAAGAUCGAGUGGUUUGCCUCAAAAGAAGAGGGUGGUCGUGAGCUGUUUUUCAAUGAUUUAAGUACCGUGACAGCCGAACAGUUCAAGAAAGAUGAUGCCUCCACAAAGAAACCUGCAAAUAGUGUUAGCUUUACCAGUCAUCAUGUAGAUGUAGCAUGCGUUAAUCCAGAAGACGUCCUCUCCUUUUACCACACAGGCAGCAACAUCGAGUGCCUUCCCCAAUGUCUAGAAGACACUGGGAUAAAGAACGUGGAAAACCUGUUACUUGUGUUGGCGUACUGCAAACAUUCCGAUAAGUUUCUUAAAAGUCUUCACGGGCUGCCCUUGUUGCUAACACAAGAUGGAAUGCUGAGAAUGUUUGACGAGGAAAACCCGGUCUUUCUAACGACACACCACACCCUUACCCCAAGAAAUGCCUCACUCUUUGUGCACCGUAACCUCUUCAACAUUGUCUUUUAUGAGGCCCUGUCUAAAUCAAAUGUCUUCAAGCGGUUCGAUGUUGCCGCUUUUGCAAAGCUACUACCUAACAACCUCGAACGGAAGUACAAUUGUAGCGAUGAUUUUAUCGAAUGGGAUCCUAUUUCAGACAACAAGAAUGACCUGCCCUCGAGGGGAUGGCUGUUCGACGUCUGGAAGCUCAUGAAAAGUGAGAUAAAAGAUGCGAUAAAGAACUGUGUCAAGCAGAACCAUAAUGAGGUAACAUUGGAGUACAAAUCAAGAAUAGCUCAAAAUGUAGUAGCUCCUCUUCAAAAUUGGUGUCUAUUACCUGUCGAAGAGACCGAAUGCUCGUCGCUGGCUUCAAGUGGAACACGUCAUCGGCAACUGUUGGCACCUUUUUACAUGUCAAAACUUGUUGUGUCGCUUCCAUCUCAAGUUGUGCCUUUCCAUUUCGAUUCUAUUUGUGGCGUACUACGAAAGCUGGCACUUCCAGAGAUCAACACGCGGGUUAUAGUAUCACCCAGCAACACAAUCAGCAUAUUUGAUGACAAUGCUGACUCCCUGGCUCGCCUGCUUGUCGCCAAUGUUGACAAUCCAAGACUGAUCCUCUCAGCGCUUUCCCACAAGCUAAAUAAAGUUGAACUCCCUUCUACCAUCACCUCGAAGGAUUGCAAAGAUGUGCUCACAUACUUCAACGGCAACGUGAAAUCACUUUCGCCUGACGACUCUUAUUGUUUGGAGACACUACCAUUUCACGAAACAGUGAAUGGCGAACACACCAGUAUCGCUGAAAAGAAAGUAUAUGUUCUACCAUCUGAAAUACCCAAGGCUGGAUUAAACAUCUGGGAAAGAAGUGGGCUAGUGUUUUUGAAAGAGGACCAAAGCCUUGAGGCUUUGUAUCAAUUCCUGGAUUGCCUGUGCAAGAAUUCCGUGGAUAUAUAUUGUGAAGUUAUUUUGCCUCGUUUCCAAGAUAUGACACAGCAAGCUCACAUUGACCAUUUGCAAUUUCUGAACGGAAAACUUGGUACACUUCAGCUGCAGCAGGGCGGCACGCCAGACAAAAAUAGACUCAUUUCUUCAUUGAGCAGCCUUAAGUUUCUCCCUGGCGUUGUACAUGGCCAGCUGAAGCCCGCCUCUUCCUUCUACGAUCCACGCAACGCUGUUUUCGAAAUUAUGCUUGAAAGCAAGGCAGGGUCAUUUCCUCCAACGCCGUUUAACUCUGACUAUUGGCUAUCAUUCUUGUGUAAGAUCGGGCUUAUCCACAUCGUUAGCAACCAGAAAUUCGUAGAAUUUGCUGAAGAAGUGGCAAAUGAAGCCAAAUGUUCUAGAACCGAUGCCACCUUCGAGAAGUCGCUGACUCUUAUCGAGCAUCUUUUCAACCGAGAAGACAUAACUAGCCCCUUGUUAGCAGAUAUCAAGAACACAAAGUUCGUCCCUCCACACAAGGUCAGCGAGGCUCUGUCUCGGCUCUGCCCUCCAUUUGGAAGCAACGUGAAUAGUGAGCUCUCGUACAUCCCCUUCAAUGGGUCAGUCCUACCCAACCACGAGACAAUCUCAUGGACGAGUGCGAAUAUUCUACCCCGGCAAGCAUGUCCGCCUUGGCCCUUAUGGGGCAUUGGACAAAUGCUUGGAAUCUACAAAAAGCCACCUGUGGAAGUAGUCGUUGCACACUGUUUGACGAUUUCCAAACGUUUUGCCAAGACGCUCAACGAGGAUACGAAGAAUCUGACGGAACCUUGCAAGAUAAAGGAUGUUAUGGAAGAUCUUUAUGAUUUUCUAUCGACUUGCGCUGACGAUGUUUCAGUAGAUCGCCUAAAAAACGCACAGUGCAUUCUCGUCGCGAACGGAAGGCGCGUCGUUCUUCCACGCCAGAUUGUUGUCCAAUCCUCCAUAGAGAUCCCUCCGUAUCUGUACAAGAUCCCGCUCGAGCUCGGUAAGUUCCACGAACUGUUCAAGCGGCUCGGUGCCACUGGCACUGUAACAGUGCAGCAGUAUGUAUCAGUGCUUGACAUGAUCCAUAAAAAGUGUGGCAACAAAUGCAUGGAUCCUAAUGAGAUGAGAAGCUCUCUAAUGGCAACCAAAGGGAUAUUUGAUCUGCUUUCACAGAGCAAACGAACCCCUGAUAAAAUGGAGCAUCUGUUCUUACCAGGUGCGAGAAAAAGUGAAAAAGACCGGGUGUAUUUAGUCCCCUCCCACCAGCUUAUUUGUGAUGAUGCGCCGCACUUUCGCGAUAGAAUCGACGGAUUUGAAGAGGUUUUGUUGAUUAGGCUAAAAGACUGCUGGCUGGAAAACGCCAGUGAUGACACGCUUGUCUGUAAGCUACCAGAGAAGGUCCGUCCUCAAAUGAUGACUCAGGUAGUGGAAGAGAGGCUACUUAAUAAUGAUAGUAAAGAAUGUGAUGACGACGACCAAUCAAAUGUGGCAGCAAGACAACUCAGACAGGUUAUCAAUUCGGAUGAAUUCUGCCUAGGAUUCGCCCGCCUCGUCAAGCACGAAGACUACGAGAACAAAAAAGAAACAAGGCCAGAUAUUCUGAGCGACAUCAAGAGUAAGCUUGCUAGUCUUCGAGUUGUCAGUGGUCCAGAACUGCGCACACAGCUUUUCUACAAAGAGCAUGCAAUUCCUGGUAGUGAGUCCAAAGUUGAUUGCUUCGAUGAACACAGCAAUACCGAUAACAUCGUGACACUCUACGUCAACACAGACAUUCAAUCAAUUCAGCCAAAGAUUGCUGAGGUCGUCAAUAGAAUUGCUGGUAAGGUUCUUACAAAUCUGGUGUACCUAGCACCACUUCUUAGCAUGCCUCCUUGGGGAAUUAGCUUGUACCUGGACAAGAAUAAGAUCCGUGAGGACAACAGUGUGGAGACGUCGCAUCUGCCCGAGCCUGGUUCCUAUGUUCACCUGGAUCAUCAUUUUCUCCUGGAUAACUCCUUUGAUCACUUCCACGCAGGCGAGUAUGUGGGCUACGAGAUGGACGACCCAAGCCUGCGGGAUGAGGAUGGUCCUCCUACUUACAUCUACGCGAUCGUGGUGGAGGAAAUCCCAGGAGAGGAGAGCACUGCGCUCUUUCUAACUCGGAAGUACAAGAUCAACAUCGGUGACGACCGGGAGGUAAUCGCAGAUGGAAUUGAUCUGUAUAAGUUCAGACGACCACCAGACGCACAACGUGAUGGCACUGGCAUGGAACUUGUCAAACGCGCUAGUGAGAGUGAAGUACCUCCUCCCAAGCACACUGGGGUUCUUAAGGAUGCCCUUGACGAAGUGACAAGAGUUCUCGAAGAGGCAUGGAAACUGCCCUUGGAAACACGCAGGAAGAUCAUCAAACGACUCUUCCUCAAGUGGCACCCAGACAAGAACCCGGACGAUGUUGAGUUCUGCACUAAGGUGUUUCAGCACCUUCAGAAUGAGAUUCAAAGGCUGGAGAUCGGAAAAGCCAGUGUCUUUCACUCUUCUGGCUUCUCUGAUUUCCAUGGCUUUUCUCAGAGGUGGGGUAGACGAGCCCGCAGUUACGGACAAAGCUGGAGUAGCUAUGGAACUAGUCGCGGGUAUAGCGGGGGAUGGUCUAGUUACCGUUCCUCUUAUGUGCCGAGGAGCUCUGGACGCAGGAACCCUCAGCCCACAGAAUCGCGACGAUGGUUUCGCCAAGCUGAGGCGGAUCUCGCGGCGGUUGCGAAUGAUCUGGGUGUUCUGAACAUGUACUACGAAUGGGGAUGCUUCAAGUCUCAUCAGGCUGCUGAAAAGGCACUAAAGGCUGCCCAGUUCUCAUUGGACGCGACCAACGUUCGCAUACACGACCUACACAUGAUCGCCAGCUGUUUAGACGAUUCCACACUCAGCAGCCUCGCCGUGCAGCUUGAAGGCCUGGUUGGUAACUCUAUGCGCAUGCGCUACCCAGACUGCAUGGUUUCUCCCAGAAUCCCUCACGAUGUGUACACAAGAAAGCAAAGUCAAGAGGCGUAUUGUCUGGCCAAAGAGAUCUUGAAUCGAGUCAGGGAGAGAUUUAUAAGCAACAAGCCAUUUGAUAUCGAUCAACUCAACAAACUGGCGCAGACGUUCAAGGCAGAAAUGUUCCACUCCUUGCUAUUCGUCAACAACGUUAGGGAAAUCUCUCUCUGCGAAAUAAGUGAAGUUUCUGGACAGCCAUUCGACGAUGAGAUGAGGCAACACCUAAGAAUCCAAGACACUGACGCUGUUAUUGGAAGGAAUGAAGCGCUCCAGCAAACGGAACAGUACUUGCAAUUGUUCCCGAAUCUACACAAUAGGAAACAAUAUUGGGACGAACUAGCGAAGGAAGUGUACCGCUACAUUGGAGACAAGGAAGUCCCCCUUCUGCCUGUCCAUCGCCCAGUGGAAGAUGAGUCUGCGAGUGAAAAGAAGGAAAAGGAUGAACAAGCUUCACGUCCGAACAGUUCAAGAAAGCUGAUGCCUGCAAAUAGUGUUAGCUUUACCAGUUAUCGUACCUCGUUGUAUUCCGAUAGGGAAGCUGUUCUUUUAACCGACACGCUUCUGCGCAGCGGCCUGAACCUAGCCGAGGCUCCACAUAACAUUUUCAACAACUUCAAAAAAUCAGAUGUAGAUGUAGCAUGCGUUAAUCCAGAAGACGUCCUCUCCUUUUACCACACAGGCAGCAACAUCGAGUGCCUUCCCCAAUGUCUAAAAGACACUGGGAUAAAGAACGUGGAAAACCUGUUACUUGUGUUGGCGUACUGCAAACAUUCCGAUAAGUUUCUUAAAAGUCUUCACGGGCUGCCCUUGUUGCUAACACAAGAUGGAAUGCUGAGAAUGUUUGACGAGGAAAACCCGGUCUUUCUAACGACACACCACACCCUUACCCCAAGAAAUGCCUCACUCUUUGUGCACCGUAACCUCUUCAACAUUGUCUUUUAUGAGGCCCUGUCUAAAUCAAAUGUCUUCAAGCGGUUCGAUAUUGCCGCUUUUGCAAAGCUACUACCUAACAACCUCGAACGGAAGUACAAUGUUAGCGAUGAAUUUAUCGAAUGGGAUCCUAUUUCAGACAACAAGAAUGACCUGCCCUCGAGGGGAUGGCUGUUCGACGUCUGGAAGCUCAUGAAAAGUGAGAUAAAAGAUGCGGUAAAGAACUGUGUCAAGCAGAACCAUAAUGAGGUAACAUUGGAGUACAAAUCGAGAAUAGCUCAAAAUGUAGUAGCUCCUCUUCAAAAUUGGUGUCUAUUACCUGUCGAAGAGACCGAGUGCUCGUCGCUGGCUUCAAGUGGAACACGUCAUCGGCAACUGUUGGCACCUUUUUCUAUGUCAAAACUUGUUGUGUCGCUUCCAUCUCAAGUUGUGCCUUUCCGUUUCGAUUCUAUUUGUGGCGUACUACGAAAGCUGGCACUUCCAGAGAUCAACACGCGGGUUAUAGUAUCACCCAGCAACACAAGCAGCAUAUUUGAAAGCAAUGCUGACUCCUUGGCUCGCCUGCUUGUCGCCAAUGUUGACAAUCCAAGACUGAUCCUCUCAGCGCUUUCCCACAAGCUAAAUAAAGUCGAACUCCCUUCUACCAUCACCUCGAAGGAUUGCAAAGAGGUGCUCACAUACUUCAACGGCAACGUGAAAUCACUUUCGCCUGACGACUCUUACAGUUUGAAGACACUACCAUUUCACGAAACAGUGAAUGACAAACACACCAGUAUCGCUGAAAAGAAAGUAUAUGUUCUACCAUCUGAAAUACCCAAGGCUGGAUUAAACAUCUGGGAAAGAAGUGGGCUAGUGUUUUUGAAAGAGGACCAAAGCCUUGAGGCUUUGUAUCAAUUCCUGGAUUGCCUGUGCAAGAAUUCCGUGGAUAUAUAUUGUGAAGUUAUUUUGCCUCGUUUCCAAGAUAUGACACAGCAAGCUCACAUUGACCAUUUGCAAUUUCUGAACGGAAAACUUAGUACACUUCAGCUGCAGCAGGACGGCACGCCAGACAGAAAUAGACUCAUUUCUUCAUUGAGCAGCCUUAAGUUUCUCCCUGGCGUUGUACAUGGCCAGCUGAAGCCCGCCUCUUCCUUCUACGAUCCACGCAACGAUGUUUUCAAAAUUAUGCUUGAAAGCAAGGCAGGGUUAUUUCCUCCAACGCCGUUUAACUCUGACUAUUGGCUAUCAUUCUUGUGUAAGAUCGGGCUUAUCCACAUCGUUAGCAACCAGAAGUUCGUAGAAUUUGCUGAAGAAGUGGCAAAUGAAGCCAAAUGUUCUAGAACCGAUGCCACCUUCAAAAAGUCGCUGACUCUUAUCAAACAUCUUUUCAACCGAGAAGACAUAACAACUAGCCCCUUGUUAGCAGAUAUCAAGAACACAAAGUUCGUCCCUCCACACAAGGUCAGCGAGGCUCUGUCUCGGCUCUGCCCUCCAUUUGGAAGCAACGUGAAUAGUGAGCUCUCGUACAUCCCCUUCAAUGGGUCAGUCCUACCCAACCACGAGACAAUCUCAUGGACGAGUGCGAAUAUUCUACCCCGGCAAGCAUGUCCGCCUUGGCCCUUAUGGGGCAUUGGACAAAUGCUUGGAAUCUACAAAAAGCCACCUGUGGAAGUAGUCGUUGCACACUGUUUGACGAUUUCCAAACGUUUUGCCAAGACGCUCAACGAGGAUACGAAGAAUCUGACGGAACCUUGCAAGAUAAAGGAUGUUAUGGAAGCUCUUUAUGAUUUUCUAUCGACUUGCGCUGACGAUGUUUCAGUAGAUCGCCUAAAAAACGCACAGUGCAUUCUCGUCGCGAACGGAAGGCGCGUCGUUCUUCCACGCCAGAUUGUUGUCCAAUUCCCCAUAGAGAUCCCUCCGUAUCUGUACAAGAUCCCGCUCGAGCUCGGUAAGUUCCACGAACUGUUCAAGCGGCUCGGUGCCACUGGCACUGUAACAGUACAGCAGUAUGUAUCAGUCCUUGACAUGAUCCAUAAAAAGUGUGGCAACAAAUGCAUGGAUCCUAAUGAGAUGAGAAGCUCUCUAAUGGCAACCAAAGGGAUAUUUGAUCUGCUUUCACAGAGCAAACGAACCCCUGAUGAAAUGGAGCAUCUGUUCUUACCAGGUGCGAGAAAAAGUGAAAAAGACCGGGUGUAUUUAGUCCCCUCCCACCAGCUUAUUUGUGAUGAUGCGCCGCACUUUCGCGAUAGAAUCGACGGAUUUGAAGAGGUUUUGUUGAUUAGGCUAAAAGACUGCGGGCUGGAAAACGCCAGUGAUGACACGCUUGUCUGUAAGCUACCAGAGAAGGUCCGUCCUCAAAUGAUGACUCAGAUAGUGGAAGAGAGGCUACUUAAUAAUGAUAGUAAAGCAUGUGAUGACGACGACCAAUCAAAUGUGGCAGCAAGACAACUCAGACAGGUUAUCAAUUCGGAUGAAUUCUGCCUAGGAUUCGCCCGCCUCGUCAAGCACGAAGACUACGAGAACAAAAACGAAACAAGGCCAGAUAUUCUGAGCGACAUCAAGAGUAAGCUUGCUAGUCUUCGAGUUGUCAGUGGUCCAGAACUGCGCACACAGCUUUUCUACAAAGAGCAUGCAAUUCCUGGUAGUGAGUCCAAAGUUGACUGCUUCGAUGAACACAGCAAUACCGAUAACAUCGUGACACUCUACGUCAACACAGACAUUCAAUCAAUUCAGCCAAAGAUUGCUGAGGUCGUCAAUAGAAUUGCUGGUAAGGUUCUUACAAAUCUGGUGUACCUAGCACCACUUCUUAGCAUGCCUCCUUGGGAAAUAAGCUUGUACCUGGACAAGAAUAAGAUCCGUGAGGACAACAGUGUGGAGACGUCGUAUCUGCCCGAGCCUGGUUCCUAUGUUCACCUGGAUCAUCAUUUUCUCCUGGAUAACUCCUUUGAUCACUUCCACGCAGGCGAGUAUGUGGGCUACGAGAUGGACGACCCAAGCCUGCGGGAUGAGGAUGGUCCUCCUACUUACAUCUACGCGAUCGUGGUGGAGGAAAUCCCAGGAGAGGAGAGCAAUGCGCUCUUUCUAACUCGGAAGUACAAGAUCAACAUCGGUGACGACCGGGAGGUAAUCGCAGAUGGAAUUGAUCUGUAUAAGUUCAGACGACCACCAGACGCACAACGUGAUGGCACUGGCAUGGAACUUGUCAAACGUGCUAGUGAGAGUGAAGUACCUCCUCCCAAGCACACUGGGGUUCUUAAGGAUGCCCUUGGCGAAGUGACAAGAGUUCUCGAAGAGGCAUGGAAACUGCCCUUGGAAACACGCAGGAAGAUCAUCAAACGACUCUUCUUCAAGUGGCACCCAGACAAGAACCCGGACGAUGUUGAGUUCUGCACUAAGGUGUUUCAGCACCUUCAGAAUGAGAUUCAAAGGCUGGAGAUCGGAAAAGCCAGUGUCUUUCACUCUUCUGGCUUCUCUGAUUUCCAUGGCUUUUCUCAGAGGUGGGGUAGACGAGCCCGCAGUUACGGACAAAGCUGGAGUAGCUAUGGAACUAGUCGCGGGUAUAGCGGGGGAUGGUCUAGUUACCGUUCCUCUUAUGUGCCGAGGAGCUCUGGGCGCAGGAACCCUCAGCCCACAGAAUCGCGACGAUGGUUUCGCCAAGCUGAGGCGGAUCUCGCGGCGGUUGCGAAUGAUCUGGGUGUUCUGAACAUGUACUACGAAUGGGGAUGCUUUAAGUCUCAUCAGGCUGCUGAAAAGGCUCUAAAGGCUGCCCAGUUCUCAUUGGACGCGACCAACGUUCGCAUACACGACCUACACAUGAUCGCCAGCUGUUUAGACGAUUCCACACUCAGCAGCCUCGCCAUGCAGCUUGAAGACCUGGUUGGUAACUCUAUGCGCAUGCGCUACCCAGACUGCAUGGUUUCUCCCAGAAUCCCUCACGAUGUGUACACAAGACAGCAAAGUCGAGACGCGUAUUGUCUGGCCAAAAAGAUCUUGAAUCGAGUCAGGGAGAGAUUUUUCUAGAGUAACAGGGCGACAUCCCUGUAUGAAAUGACUUAGAAGGUGUUGUACAGAAAGACGGGAAGCACUUGAGAGUCCGACCUUUCACUUCACUUUCAAUGUAGUUUCACACAUUUGUUAUAGUUAUAUUGUUACUGUUUACGAAAGCAGUUUUCGCUAUCGUUAUCGUUUCCGUUUCCGUUUCGUUAUGUUUUUUUUAUUUUUUAUUAGCAGAUAAUUUUUAGGCACGAACAUGUUAGUCGCGUUAGAUCUAGUUUAGAAACAGAGGAUGAGCGUUGAAUUUCAUUGACUGACAAUUGAUUAAAGCAGGUUCCAUUUAGUAAGCGUGAAGUAAAUCCACAACGGGAGCCGGAUUUUAGAUUGCAAAGUAAAUGUUUUUUGAAAACCAUCGUUGCACGUCUGAACACUUAAAAAAAUAGUUGUAAGGUAAAUCACCAAUAAAUCUUAUUAAACGAG